AUGUUAAGCUGUGUCUGCGGUGUGCUCCUACUGGGCUCUGCUACCCUCACUCAUGCUGCGAUUAAAUCGACCGCUCAGGCCUUGAACACAACCGAUACAAAUCUAAUCCCCAACGGAAAUGGACCUGUGCUUUAUUACAAUGGCUCAGGACCAGUUCCCUCGUACGAGCUUGUCUCGCCUAUUCCACCAGCAAUCACACCUGUCAAUAGCAGUUCCAGCUUAGAAGACAUGUUCUUCGUCGAGCUGCUGGCGAUUGCUAACACAACGACCUUCUCGAACAACUGUUCGCAGUGUGUCGCGGGUGCUGAGCUGAUGCAUUUAGCAGCGAUCACAUUGCCGGUCGACAACUUUGUUAAUAUCUUGAUCCGAAUAUGCGAGGCAGUCCCAACAGUGCAGGACGCUAUUUUUGCCGAUACUUGCGCAGCAGAGUAUGGCAGCGUCCAAAACACGUCUAUCCCCUACUCGUCUGGCGGUGGUGCUACAGGAGCAUAUUACGCUCAGCUAUUUUCGAAGAUGAGCAUUAUAACUGGAGACAUGACCUACUAUUGCUAUUUCAAUUGGGGCGUAUGCCCACAACCCCUUACGGUUGGCAUUGAAGAGAGUCUGUACUUCAGCCCGAAGCCGGUUAAUGCAACGAAAGUGCCACCACCAUCAGGAAAAUCCAUCAACGUCCUCCAUACUUCGGACUGGCAUCUAGAUCCACGUUACGAUAUUGGCAGCGAGGCAAAUUGUUCUCAGUACCUCUGCUGCCGUCCGUAUGCCACAAACGAUGAUCUUUCGACAACCUCUGCAAACGCCAGUGUCCCAGCCUCACGUUUCGGCUAUCUUUACUGCGAUACGCCUCCUGACCUGGCACUGAGCUCGUUUACCAGCAUGCAUCAGUUCUUCAAUUUGAGCAGUGUCUCAUUUACAAUCUUUACAGGUGACAUUCUGUCACACGAUAACGAUGACCAGAUAUCUCGCGAAUAUGCCGAGUACGAAGAAACAGUCACCUACCAAACCUUCAAGGCUCAGCUGGGCAACAUUCCUGUUUAUGCCACGCUAGGAAAUCACGAUUCUAUCCCAGAAGCAUGGAACACGCAAAAUAGUCUCAACCCUGCAGGCUCAACUGCUGCUGCCGCUAAUGCUUUCGGGUGGAAUUAUGAGCUCCUCUCUUCUCUCUGGGGUGAUGCUGGUUGGCUCAACAGCACAGAGCAACAGUAUGCCUCGACACACUAUGGCGCAUAUGCACACACCACUGCUCAAGGUCUUCGCAUCAUAUCCAUCAACACUGAUUUCUGGUAUGUUGAUAACAUCUUCAACUAUUGGAAUGUUACGAAUCCCGACACAUCCGGCGUCUUGACGUGGCUGGCAUCUGAGCUUGCUGCAUGCGAAGCCCGAGCCCAGCGGGCAUGGAUCAUUGGGCAUGUCCCUUCAGGAUAUGAUGGGGACAACGCCGUCCUUAACCCUUCGGCACUCUUCUAUGCCAUUGUCGUGCGUUUUUCCCCGACCACAAUUGCGGGCAUCUUCUUCGGCCAUACCCAUGAGGACCAAAUCCAGAUCUUUUAUGACUUCCUCCCGAACAGCACAUAUACCGUGGACGGCAAGACGUAUCGGAACACUACGAUGGUUGACUACUCUAAGCCACUGACUGUUGGGUACAUUGGCCCAUCCAUUACACCCCUGACCGGGAACAACGCCGGCUAUCAACUCUAUCAAGUCGAUGCAUCAACAUUCUCCAUUAUGGGCAUCCAAACUUAUUUUGCCAAUGUCAGUGAAGCGAACAGCUGGACCACACCCGAAUGGGCAUUUGAAUAUGAUGCCCGGGCCACGUAUUCAGUUGCAGCUGCUCAUAACAGUUCCUCUGGAAGUUGGCCAACAAGCGCUCCAUUGAACGCCACAUUCUGGGACGGCGUCACGAAAAGCAUGUUGACCAAUCAGACGCUGGUGGAGUUGUAUAACCUACUCGAAACUAAGAGUAGCGUGGUGACGGAGAGCUGCUCUACCGAAGCAUGCGCGAGGCAGAAGGUCUGCUAUAUUCGGAGCGGGAGUGCAACAUUGGGUAGAGCCUGUGGGGCCCACGGUGGGCCUUUCUAG